CACCUCCGCCACUUGAACAUGGCCACAGCCGCCGUGUCGCUUCUUCAAUUUACUCGAAUUCCUCGACACUUCUCUCUUUUUCCUUUACUCGUUCCUCGUAGCUUGUCUUCUCUUAGCUUUAGACGCAGCUGCAAACCUCGGCUCUGCUCCAGUCUCUUCUGCGCGGAUUCGAGACGGCAUUUUGCAGUUACUGCUUCUAGCUCGUCAGACCAGAAUAGUCACGUUGCAGCAGUUGAAGAAACAUAUGACGUGAUAGUGGUUGGAGGUGGCCAUGCAGGCUGUGAAGCUGCACUUGCCUCUGCUCGUUUAGGGGCAAAAACUCUUCUUUUAACACUGAAUAUUGAUCGAAUCGCAUGGCAGCCCUGCAACCCAGCAGUUGGUGGACCUGCAAAGUCUCAACUAGUACAUGAAGUGGAUGCAUUAGGUGGUGAAAUUGGAAAGAUUGCUGAUAGGUGUUAUCUACAAAAGCGUAUUCUUAACAUCUCUAGAGGCCCUGCUGUUAGAGCAUUGCGUGCUCAAACUGAUAAGAGAGAAUAUGCUAUCGAGAUGAAACAUGUUGUAGAGAGCACUCCCAACUUGUCUAUUAGGGAGGCGAUGGUAACAGAUCUUUUGCUGGGAACAAACGAUAAUGUCAAAGGUGUUUGCACAUUUUUUGGGAUGAACUUCUAUUCACAUUCUGUUGUUCUUACAACUGGCACUUUCAUGAGUGGAAAAGUUUGGGUUGGCAGAACUUCUAUGCCUGCAGGAAGAGCUGGCGAAGCAGCUUCAUAUGGUCUUACAGAAAAUUUGCAGUCACUUGGAUUUGAAUCUGACCGGUUAAAAACUGGGACACCUGCACGUGUUGACUCACGCACUGUGGAUUUCUCUCUUUUGGAGCCUCAGCACGGAGAUGAAGAGGUGAACUGGUUUAGUUUUGAUCCUGAGUACCAUAUUGAACGGGAACAGAUGUGUUGCUAUCUAACCCGUACGACAAAAGUGACUCAUCAACUAAUAAAAGAUAACUUACAUGAGACUCCCACUUAUGGAGGAUGGGUGGAAGCCAAGGGACCUCGAUAUUGCCCCUCAAUUGAGGACAAGAUCGUGAGAUUCCACGAUAAAGACUCCCAUCAAAUUUUUCUUGAACCAGAGGGUCGAAGUGUACCUGAUCUCUAUGUGCAGGGUUUCUCAACUGGCUUACCUGAAAGAUUACAGCUACCACUAUUGAGAACUUUACCAGGAUUGGAGAAUUGUUCCAUGCUGAGGCCAGCAUAUGCUGUAGAGUAUGAUUACUUACCUGCGCAUCAGUGUUCCAGGUCACUUAUGACAAAGAAGAUCGAAGGACUUUUUUUCUCUGGUCAAAUAAAUGGAACAACAGGUUAUGAAGAAGCUGCUGCUCAGGGAAUUAUUUCUGGAAUAAAUGCUGCUAGGCAUUCAGACGGGAAACCCCUCAUUGUUCUUGAGAGGGAAAGCAGUUAUAUAGGUACCCUGAUUGAUGAUCUGGUCACGAAAGAUCUUCGAGAGCCUUACCGUGUGCUGACAAGCCGUUCAGAAUAUCGGUUGCUUCUUCGAUCAGAUAAUGCUGACAGCCGUCUCACGCCUUUAGGUCGUGAAAUUGGUUUGAUAGAUGACAGAAGGUGGACAGCAUACCAGGACAAGCAAGCUCGAAUCUCAGAGGAGAAAAAGAGAUUAAAAACUGUUCGGGUUACAAGUGAAGAAUUAGCUGAUGAAAUUACUCUUCUGUCUGGUCAGCCAGUCAAGGAUCAUUCAACACUUGAAAGCCUUCUUAAAAAGCCACAUAUAGAAUACAAAGUGUUUGACAAGCAUGGUUUUGGAAAUGAUGAUCUGUCUAGGAUAGAAAAGGAAUGCAUUGAGAUUGAUAUCAAGUACGAAGGUUUGAUUGCACGCCAACAGAGUCAAUUGCAGCAGAUGGUUCAUCGACAACAUAAACCCCUUCCUGCAGACUUAGAUUAUCAUGCUAUGAAAACUUUGUCGCUUGAAGCACGUGAAAAGCUAUCAAAGGUGAGGCCACAAACAAUCGGUCAGGCAAGCAGAGUUGGCGGGGUUAGCCCUGCUGACAUUACCGCCCUCCUUAUUGUCAUGGAGUCCAACCGCAGGAAAGCUCAAGAACUCAAGACCCACCAAAUCUUGGCUUCUGUCAUUGCUGCCGAUUCUGCAUAAAUCCAUUUUCUGCUGAAAAUCCGUUGUUGAACAAAUUUCAACUUCCGGUGCAACAGUGAAUUUGCAUCCUGUACGUACUGAUAUGAUUUCCUGCUCCUUUUGAAUCGAUGAAUUUUGAUUUUCGGUUGGUUUUGGGCAUCACGGAGAGGACAAGUUAGUAAUUUGACAGGAUUUACAGAUAUCGAAAUACUGAAAUGUGAAUAUAUGUAAUUUUAUUACUUAUAGUAUCCAUCAAUGGAAAUAGCAUGUGUCCUA